AUGCUGGCUUCAAGUGAGUCAGAUUUAGUAGAGGGGAAUGAGGAGAUUCACCGUGAGGACAGAUUCCUAGUGUCGGUAAGACUUACUCUUACUUUCUCCAUACACCAGUCAUCCUACAGAAAGCCACGCCCACCUCAUAAAUUCUACUCGCAAGAUGCAAGUGCUACAGUUCUUCUAUUUUACUUCUGCGUUAUAAUGUCCAUGACUUGUUAUAGAAGGGGUUGAUCUUUUUUCCCAACUGUCUGAUGAUGUUAGGGUACUUGAUAAAUUAUACUAGCGUCCCGUAAGUGCCCAUAAUUAUAAGCUUUUACGCAACCAACCACAUCGUGCCUUCAAGACAAGAACUCGAUUGUACUAAGCCAUGUAGAGGGAAUAUAUAAUAAAGUAAUACGCACCUUUCCCAGGAUAUACAAACACAUUAAGACAAGCAUAGAAGGUGGACGGAAAAGGUGUACUAAUGACAGCCAUACUUUUGUUACUGUGAUUUACACAGGUGUGCGGACAGACACUCAGCGGGUGACCAGCAUUCUGCUCAAAAACUCAUUUAAUUGUUUUUUGUUUGUCAGCAUAUUCAAAAGCCCGGGUCACAUUUUGUGGGUUUCGGCUCAUCUUACAAGUUAAAAACAUCCAACUAGGCUUUAUCACGGAGUUAGCCACUUAUUUAGUCUAACCAUUCCAUCGAUUGUUAUACCUUUGCCUAUGCAUCAGUAACCUUGGAAGUAAUUGCGGCAGUUGGCCGUUUUGUAUUUUAUGGCAGUUUAUCCCCGUAAACCAUCACAAAUUUAACCCUAGCAUGCAAAGCCGCACAUCAAACAGACCAGCCCUAUCUCCGCCCCACCACCACCACCACACCGAACAGUGAUAAGCACCCUGAUAAACCGGCGGUAUGGCUGUGUUUCUGUCCGGGCAAGUGUGCGUGCUAUGAUUGGCUCUUAAAUCUCCAAUGGGAUAAGGAAUUGUUUGGAAACCAAAUCUGGUGCAUCGGUAUUUGUGUAACGCGGGACGGCUGGUUGAAGUACUGGAUCCUUGCAGGACAUAUUUUGAGACGCAAUACAACAAAGGCUGACUAUCUGUGGAAUAUAUCGGCCUUUUAAUCAGUCCGGAGACUACGUAAGCACUCGCUGAGAUAAAUUAAUGCAGUUUUCAAUUUGUAUUGUGAUAGACUUCAACAUUACUGAAAUUUAAAUCUGCAUCACAAAAAUGGGCACAAAUGUUGGUCUAAAAAUUUAUCAGAUCCUAAGCGGAACAAAAACCAAACAUAAAGUUUAAUGCAGUGAUUUCGAGACUACGACAGGUAAAAGCAUUAAAUCAGGUCUUAUUUCAGUGCAAAAAUAACUUCAUGUAUUCAGUAUGCACGAGAUUGUGUAUUUUUCAGUGUAUUGGUUCCACAUGGCUGCAUGGACAUAUAUAUGCCAAAGAAUAGGCGGCGAUAUACGAAAUUCAGUUCCACAGCCCAAAAGAAAAUUGAGCCCAUAGUUAAAAACAACUAUUUUUGUAUGUUAGGGGACUCGUGCGACAACAACGUGCCCAUUUUAUUCCAGCGUCCUUGAAGUCACCUUUGCAAAUCACAGUCGAGGGUAAUCGUUAUUUAUGUAGUGUGCAUUACUUCAUUGGUUUUUGAUGCUUAUGUAAAUUCACUCAGAACAUGUUCAAGAACCAAACUUUCAGUCUUAUUGCGUAGACGAGUACGCUAUGCAAAGUGUUGUGUCCGAAGCAGACAAUUUUUGCUUUGAAAGGUUUUGAAUUAAGAAAGCGUUUAAAACUCCCGAACUUUCAACAUUCGUGUGUGUAGUAAUGGUGCUGUUACCGUCUGUAAAAUAAUAAAUUUAUACCUAACCAGCUCCUGAUACAAAGAAGCGUCUUUAUGAAGUCAAAAAGAUGCAAAUGAAGUUGAUGUAGAAAGAAUUCAUAAAAUUCAGUUCAAAACUGUAAGAGAAAUAAAUAUAGAGUUUGUAUUUUAGAGUGUAGAGAAAAAAGUAACUGUGUAUUAUAGCGAAGCAGCUGCUCCCUCGAAUAUUAAAUUUCAAAAGGAAGAAUUCCAGAAAACAUGGUCAUAACAAUCUAAGAUUUGGGCAUCAAUCAUAUGAAACACCAAGAAUCAAUAAAAAAUGGUCACCAUCUAGGUAGUCAGUUUUGUCGAGAGGCAAACACAAUCAAACUUAGUUUUAUGCUUUACGUUACUCAACCUUGAAAUAAAUCUUAAACAAUAUCAACCAGUUUAAAUGAUAUUUAAGAGCUUCAGUAGACCGCCUGCAAGGCUCGGAGCAUGGUGCAGCUCUCAAAGUUGUAUUUUGGCAAUAUUGCUGAAUUUCGAAGGAAAGUCGUAGUUUAAGAGGAAAGGAAGUUUCGCAAACGACCCUCUUCAUUCAGAAUGAAACCGGAAACCGGAUGAGUUUUCCCUGCAAAAAAUUUGUUCAGUUCGUCUGUCCACAUCGGCAGGAUUGCACACAUAGCCCACAUUACUGAAAACUGCAGCUUCAAUAACCGAAAAAUGAGAGCACCUAAAAUUAUAUGGACUACUCAAACAAACGAAAGUUGAAAAAAGGUCUCCGGUCCACAAGUUAAGUGCAAUAUUAUGACCGAUGAAUGAUGUGUUUGACUUAAUCGAAAGCGAAUGUUUUGACUUUUAUCAGGUUAAUUGUCGGAGGGAGCAUUUGUUUUGACAGGUGUGUACGUUUUCACAAGAUCGACGAAACACCCACAGAGUGCAUUCAUAAUCAUAUUAUUGAGUAUUUUUAAAUAUGAUCUUUAAAUAAACUUACGUGAUUAACUCCACCCUGACUAAUUUAAUACUCGAUUACAAUUCAUUUAACCGCGUCAGUUCUUGUCUGUCGACAUUAUGGAAGUAGAGUAAGUUCGAUGAUAAAUUUGCCAAGCAACACUGCUCUUCUUUUAUUUGGGAUGACAAUAGGAGGGCUUUUCCUUUCUGCGUUUUAUUUAUCCAAGUAGGGUCUAAUUAUUUACCUUCGACAGUUGAGUAGGGGCCGACUAGUGAGUACAAAAGCUCCGGCAGUCGCUCAUUGUGAAUACAUACCCCAAACAGACUUCUAACGCAGUUAAAUUGCAUUAAAACCACCUGUUUCCUCGUCGCAGAAGAAAGAGUUGUGUGCAAAUUGGCUUUUCUUUCGGAUGUUCGCAAAAUCCAUUAAUUAUGAAAGGCAUUAGUCAUCAUUCUGCCCGUCCUUGACUGUUCACGGAAAAGUGUGCCCACGGCUGUGUCUGAAUAAGGCUAUUUUUCAUGCAGCAGAGCUGCAAUCAGGGCGCUUCUUUUAAGUGAACGUCAUGCUUACAUUGUGAUGAAUGUUAACUUCGAGGGCUGGAGUGCUAUACUGAAAGAUGUGCAAUUCACAUUAAAGGAAUAUAUUGGACUGAAAAAGCAGCACUUUUUACUUGUAAAUUUAUGAAGUAAAUACGAAGCGCGAAUAAGAAUCAGAACUUUAAAAGAUUUAUCUCCAUAUAUCUACAAAACUUCGUUUGUAUAACUGAUUUAUUGUUACAGUUCGUUUGGAAGUUCAAAAUUACGAUUCUAAUUGUUUUCUUUUGCAAAUUUUGUUGACUUUAUAGUCUCUGCUUUGCUCAUUUGCAAGAGUUCUCUGCACUGUUAAAUCAGUCAGAUGUUGCUUAGGGCUAUAACUAGUGGCUCUGCACUAAGUCCACUUGGGUUUUUGUCUGGAUUGAGAUAGAUGGCAGUGUGACGAAUGCUAGAUGGCGAAUGCCAUUCUCGCUUACUUAGCAUCCGCAUUCGUUUUAAACGUAGCGUGCCGAAGCAUUUUUGUUAUAUUGGCAAAAAUCGCUAUAAAGGCGUCCAGUUAAAGGGAAUGAUAAAUAAUUUCUGCCAAUGGAAACCUUAGUGCGGAUUUAAUUUGCUAUUUCUCCCUUCCCCUUUUGAGCAUGUUUGUAUAACUUUAUGAUUAUCGUCCUCCAUUGUUUUUUAAAAAUUCCCCUUUUAUGCUUGUUUAGGUUCUUGUGGCCAAGAUAGCUUGACCUUUUCAAAUAGGGUACUAUUAUGCUCUAAAGCAGUUAAUUUGGCUCACUAUCUCAUGAGGCGUUAAUCGAAAUUCUGAAAUAUGCUUUCGAUUCGAAAUUUAUCGGUCUGACGUUUCGGAUUCUCACUCAAACCGAUCAUCAGAGACAGUCGCAGCUCCAUGUCUGCAACUAUCUCUGAUGACGAGUUCGAGUGAGAAUCCGAAAAGUCAGAACAAUAAAUUUUUUAGUCUAGUAGUCGCAUCUUCGUCUUCUGAACUGUUUUCUGGAACCUCCCUGUUUGCUCUUACUUAAUUCAUGUUUUAAUAUUAAUUACCGUGCAGUAUGCUCCUAAAAUAUUGCAGCCACGCCAGGAUAUCGGCUUUCGAAUAAGCUUAUUUCAGUCCAUCAGCGAAAACCUACACUCUGUAGAAAUGGCCGCUUAAGUGGCGUGAACCCUUCCCGCUGAUUUUCCAUACCCUUAUAAGUUCACUUACAUAUUUUGUAAAACGUAUGCACAAAUAUUCAUUAUUGUACACAUUUGGUGGCAAAUUGUGUUUUUUCUGAUUUUUUUCUUGUGGAGAGAGUAUCUUUCGAAUUAGAAAAUUUUUAAUUAGGACAUUUUUAAUAUCAGCAUCAUACCAGCGCGUUUAUUAAUGCUGCUUAAAAAUGCAGCCUGAUACACAUUCAUUGCAUAAUUUUACGAGUCUUAUGUGGCGUCUUCCUAAAACUUUAGAGAAACGCGUGAUAUUCCUUUAGCGGAAUGCACGCAGCAUAUAGUAUGGAAACCUGAAUAGAUGCACAACGGCAGGCAAAAAAUUAUUCGGGAACCGGAGUUUUUAAAAGCCGAAGUCUGCUCUCUCGUCAAGCAGAUAGCUGAAAGAAGACACAAUUUUACUCCAAGUUGGUGCAAAAAGGAAUAUUUUUGUGCACUUUUAUGUAAAAUAUAUUUGAAUUUAGAAGGCUACCUGAAAUAAAUGUGAAAAUUUCACACGGCUGAGGUAGCCAUUUUUACAGAGUGUGCUUUUUUACAGGCCGCCAAAAGUAAACUCAUUCGAAAGUCGGCAUUCUGACGUGACUGAAAUAUCUAAGGAUAAUGCUGCAUGUUAAUUAAUCUUACCUGAGUCGAAUCGAAAACACAUUCGAAAAUUCCGGCAAAAAUUUAAUGAAGGAGCACAUCUACACAGUAGGUCGUGUAUGCUAUCGUCUGUGAUGCAGAAUAUUUCCUUAGUUAAAUGGUCAUGGUUACUAAAAUUGUUGUUAUCUUAAAUAAAAGGAAAAACCAACGAAAAUAGUAACUAGCAUAUGGUUAGAAAUAAUAUCGCUUCCAGCAACUAAUGCAUACGGCACCUUAAGGGUCGAAAUUUCAGAGCACGAAAGGCAAAUAUUUACGAUAUUUAAUUAAAAAACCAAAUGGUUGUUUGAAACAUAGUUUCUCUUACUAACAAGGCCAACGGUCAAUUCAUGCAUUUAGUUAAAGAAAGGGUUCAAACAACUAAGAAAGUAUUAUUGCAGUAUUUCCCUAAGAAGUAGUUUUGUGGGAGUUCACAUUAUCCACGAGGCGUGCGGCAUAAGUAACAGCUAAUUUAUUGGUUGGGGCGCGACAUUUACAUGCAGUAUUGAACUUAUUUCGUAAAUAAUUUACGUGAAUAAAUUACAUAUAGUUUUAUACAUUUAGGAAGAUGAAAUUCUUCGGGAAACAGUAGAAUUUAUUGUUUAAAUUUUCGAGAGUGGUUCCUCAGCUCGUCUUCAGAAAACGAGCGUACAAAUACAAUUAACUUCUAGAUCGAGUCUGACAAGGGAUUCUACGAUUGGUAUUUCCAAUGCUACGGCCGCUCAGGCACCAAAACCAACCACCUGGCGAACUCUCCCAUACGUGAAAAAUGUAUCCGAACUAGGCGAAUGACAAUUAAAAAAGUACCAGAUACACGUAGCACACCAGCCGGCAACUACCUUACGCACACAGCGUGUACACCCUAAGGACAGGGUUGGCUACCUCGAAAGGAAAGGUGUUGUCUACAAAAUCCCAUGUUCUAGUUGUGAUGCUGUCUAUUGUGGCAAAACUGUCUCAACCCGUAUGCAUAAACAUCGGUUAGCGGUAAAUAGACGCGACCAUCUAUCCCAGGUGGCCAUGCACACACUGGACACUGGGCACAAAAUUGCAUGGGAAAACACUCGCAUUGUUGGCGCCUGCCCAAUAAGGAAAGGCCGCCAAUUCCUGAAGGCAAUGCGCUCAGAUGAAGCAUGCAUUAGCCGGCAUAUCGAUUUAGAUGCCGAAUACAAAGUUGUUAAGGACGGAUUCAAACUGACCCAACCAAUCCCGAGAAGAUGACUUUAACCAAUCAUAGAAUCCCCUGUCAGACUCGGUCUAGAAGUUAAUUGUUUUAGCACGCCCGUUGUCUGAAGACGAGCUGGGGAACCAGUCUCGAAAAUUUACACAAUAAAAUUUGCUGUUUCCUAAAGAAGUUCAUCUUCCUAAUUAUGUCCUUUGGGAUGUCUGCUUUUCAAUUUAAUAUAGAUAUAGAUUUAAUAUAAAUAUAAUUACGUAGAUUUGCAUAAAAUAAAUUACACGAUUUAAUGGUUUUUUAUAAUUAUGUGGCCUUUUAUUCAAUUUUGUCCAUUAUUGACACCUUCACGCCAAGCCUAUUGCGAAACGUCUCCCAAGGCCUACAACGAAUCACAUACUAUAGAAGAUAUGUGAAUGAAAGCUUUUAUAGUUAGUAGCCCACCCGAAGGUAUGAAAAUGGCAGGUGCGAAAACUUACAAUCUAACAAGAAAGAGGAACACUGCCUUCUUCAGACGUUCUUACACAGAGGUAAGCAAAAGGCUCCAUCCAGGGGCCAGUCUAUCAAAAAAGCACCCGAAAAGGACAAUGUAUGCACUUUCUCAGUUGCGUUCCAGUUUAGUUAAAGUAACUCGCAGUUAUGUGCCCGUUCCAUAGAAUCACUAGAAUUUGUACUACAGAAACGGUCAAUAAUAAGAGUAAUAUGAAGGGUGUUUAUUUUGGUAACGUGUACCCGGAGAAAUGUAUUGAUAAAUGUCGCCAUGUCAGGAAGUACAAAGGAAACGUUCGCUCCCAAAAGGUCAGCAAGCAUCCACCUCCCUUUCAUGGCUGACAAUGUGUCAAACGGGAUCAAACGGCGACUCCGAUGCACGACUGAACGGACCUACGUCGCCUCUAACUUGCUGCUCAUAAGCACUAUAACGGUGAAUUCACUUUGACCAGUCAAAUGUAUCCUGCCUCUGCAGGCCAACAAAGCAAAGACAAUUAGCAACUCUGUCGGUUGGACACAGGUCAAAAUGGAUGUUGAGAACGGAAAGCAAGAUAUCGAAAGGUUCGUACACAAAAAAUCUGGUGACACUGCCAUUCAAUGGCUGCAUUUAAGGCCCUUCUUAGGGUGACGACUGAAUGUCUCCUACCCUACUCAGAAGCCUCGGAAAUACAGAGGAGAAGGACCGAACUACGGUUGGUAUGCCAACUCAUGACAUGUUAACCGAAAUUAUGAAAUUCGUUUUUGUUUCGAAAAGAUUACUUAAGUAUGCUUAUAAAAUUAAUCGUCAUGCAGAAUAAUGCUACAGUAAUUAAGAUACCUCCGGAUUCCGGCCUUCAGAAGAACUUCUUUCCGGCUGCAUGCAUAAACUAUAUUCUGUCAAAAAUGACCACGUACAUAGCAUGCAUUUUUCGCACCGACUUUUGAUGCUUUUGCAUAUUCAAUUGCAUUUCAUGGGAAGCAUGCAUAAAAAUAUUCAUUCGUUCACGCAUUUGGUAGAAAAUUGCGUCCCCUUCACAUUUUAUACUCGAAGAGGGUAUAAUUUGGUUUUUAAAAACUUUUCCAAUUCCCAAAUAAUUUUGAAUCGCACUUGCCGUUACAUUUGCAUUCAGGAUUUCCAAAUCACAGGCCAUAUAUUUACGCGUACGGAAACCCAUACAUCUCUCUACGGUAUUAAGAAGAGAGAGUAUGGGUUUAUAAAAUCUAGCAGUGGAUUUGAGGCGUAUUGUAAACUUCACGAACGACAUUAGUAAACGCAGAGUCAAGAUGUUUCGUGAACGCACAUUCCCCGGUAUUAAAAAAUCUCAUAGUUAGAAAGUUGUUUAUAACCGAAUUAUACACUUCCCUCGAGUAUAAGAUUGAAAGAUGUUUUUUUUACCAAAUGUGUAAAAGAGUGAAUAUAUGUAUGCAGUUUUCCACGAAAUAUACUCGAAUUUUUAAACGGCAUCAAAAAUUAAUAAAAAAAUACAUGUCCCACAAGCAGUCAUUUGUUAUAGAGCAUGCGGCCGCAAAGAAGUUCGUUCGAAAGCCAGCAUCCUGAGGUAUCUAAAUUAUCCUAGAAUUAUGCUGCAUGAUGACAAAUUUUACAACACUUCUUAAGUAACCUUUUCGAAACGAAAACACAUUUCAGAAUUUCGGUUAACAUUUCAUGAGUAAGCUACAGUAGGUGAGCAGUUUGGGUUACAUGAUCCACUUCGUGCUGGCACGAUGCCAGUCGCCGGGGGAAAUGACCCAUCCUCUCUGUCUCUCUCUCUCUCUCUCUCUCGACCCCCAACCCCUCUCCGCCAUGCUGUAAAGCUGUAAACACACUUUACGAGGUCUCGGUGAAACCCAAACUCGCCCACCUAUACAACCUCCUUCUCCCUCGCACCAUGCCCUACCGCCUGUUUGAUCAACACUCCGUGGUAUUGUUUACCUCUCACGUCUGGUCGCCCUUGGCCGUUUCUUUUUGAAUCCUUAGUCGUAGAUCCUGCGUGUAGCCUAUCUUCUAGCUGAUUUGAUCACAGUGCCAAAUAUGUCCUCAUAUCGGCCCGACAAAAUCAUAAUUUGCCCCGGAUAUUAGCAGAGAAUUUCGGAUGUUCGAGACUGCAAGCAUAAGGCUUACUAGUUGCUACAAGAGUUGUGAAAAUGUGAUUCCCAAGUGGCAUGAUAAGACGAGAAGAGGCGCUCACCGGGAGAGGUUUAUAUGAGGUCCGACCUUUCGAGUAGUGAUUUCACCUUCUCCUCUUCAGAGACUGGACAGUCUUGCGCAAAGCGUCCCUUGUAUGGCGCAUUCUUCUUAAUGCGCAGGCCGCCAGUGCUAUGGGACUGUAUCUGACCCCGUUUCACCGUGACCUCUAUCGCAUCGCCCUCAUUGACCGCGACGAUAAAUGGCGUUCCCGCUUAUUGCACGCCAUCCCUGUCCCCUGUCAUGUAGGUCAGUAAAACCAAAUAAGGGGAGGCAAAUUGAUGUAGCAGUUGACUACGUAGUCGGUGGAUAUUCGGGCUCACCUCACUUGAUAUGUGAUCAUCGCCUCAGCUCGCGAUCUGAACGGCGUCAAAGUUGAAGAUGCGUCCAGCCCGUGCGGUAUGGGUUGCUAUUCUAGUUGAUACUCAUUUAAUAGCGUUCGUAGUCGUCGACUGGUUUCUCAAACUUUAUUUCGCAUUCCGCAGCUGCAAUGAAGUCGAUAGAUAACGGUCGAUUUCUCCUGUUCAGUAAUAAGGUCUUUAGGGUAAGGUGAUACCAUACUAACAGCACAGGUACUAGCCAAAAGCCCAUACACGCGUGUUUCGCCGAUGUUCUGCCGCUGCAUGACGCAGUCGAGAGGGGUUCGGCUCGUCAGUGGGUCCCCCAGCAUUCCCCGUGUGUUUUCUGGUAGAUACUCCAAUUUAGAAAUUGUGACUUUUUAAUUUUCUCAGAAAUUAUAUACGAAGUUGGAGUAGAUCAGUCUGUGCCUAUAAACCUUGAAUAAACUGAUCUACUCCACCUUCGUAGGUACUUUCUGAGGAAAUUAAAAAACGACAAGUAAUAGGGCUUGUUAGCCGCACCACUGGCCUGCAGCUUGUUAAGUCUGGCCUUUAAGCAACUCCUAUUCCGAGUGGAGCGAGGGAUUCAGCCGAGGAUUCGGUUCAUGCACAUUAAGGCGAGUGAAGUAACCCGAAUAUCCACCGACUGCUUAGUCAACUGCUACAUCAAUUUGCCUUCCCCUAUUUGGUUUUACUGACCUACCUGACAGGGGACAGAGAUGGCGUGCAAUAAUCGGGGCCACCAUUUAUUGUCGUGACCGAUGAGGGCGGUGCGACACAGUUCACGAUGAAACGGGGUCAGAUACAAUCCCAUAGCACUAGCGCCGUACAAGGAGAGCUUUGCGCAAGAUUGUCCAGUCUCUGAGGAGGAGGAGGAGGAGGAGAAGGCGAAAUCACUACUCGAAAGGUCGGACCUCAAAUAAACCUCUCCCGGUGAGUACCUCUUCUGUUUUUGACGUAAAAGUUGUUUCAAAAAUUAAUGAACGAACUUGGAAUCAGCGCGUCGAAACCGGACUCCUCAGUCGAACCCAGCGUCAAGUAGAGGCGCAAAUUGAACGUCAUCAGCCACAACCGAAAACUGACGAAAAAUGCAGCCGGGAACAGGACGAAAAAGGUUUCUGAGCAUUGAAAGCCUGGCAAAGCUAGAGACGCGGCGUUCGACUGAAGAUGAUAUUAUUUAUCAUCUUGCGUCAACCUUCAGAUUAAACAUGAAAAAGGUGGAUUCUGCGCAAGUCCUUUCGCCUGGUGCUGAUUAAAAUAGCGUAGGCAGAUUGGCAAUCGAGGUGCACAAAAUAAAGUGCAUGAGUAACGCUGUGAGAUCAACCAAUGGGGAGGCGUCCUUGCAGGCGUAGCCGACGGGCGGAGAAAACCAAUGAAAAACCGCUUAUAGGGGUUAUUUUCGGAGUUGGCAUCUGAGCGAAUAGUUUUGCUUCACAGAGACCGCACUCAUCAGAGAGGCUGACAUCACACUAUGCGGCAGACAAUCAUUCACUGAAUUUUUUUCGCCAAUUUCCAGUUUUAUGUCAAAAAAUUACGUGCGAUGCCAAAACUGCACUAGUUGCAAUUAGACCCAUUGAUGAAUAAGUUCACUAAAAAAUAAUGAUAUCUGUGAAUUCAGGGCUUCACAAAAUAGGCUAGUUUCAACACUCUGGGCGCCCGUUUUAGUAAUAAUUGCGUUUCUGUAUGAUGAUAACUGCUCGAGCUUAGGUAUUGUGGUGGUCUAACCAACGUCUGAAUAUAAAAACCGUCAUUUUGCUCUGGGGCGGGCUACUCAAAUUUUACUUCCCGGCAAUUAAUUUACGAAUUUGGAAAAAGAACUUUCCAGACACGCUUUGAGCCUUGACUUGAGUCAUUAUUUUAAACCAUCCUGACAUGUACAGUGAGUGACCGAUCUCGUGAAAUGUUGGCUGAAAUUCUGAAAUGCGUUUUCGAUUAGGAAGGAUUACUUGGUCGCGGAUGUAAUAAUGAUUGUCUUAAGACAUACUCUUAUAACAUUUCGGACUCGUCAGGAUGUCGGAUUUUAAAUGCACUUAUUUUCAAUCUGCUGUAGGACGCGUGCUCGGUAAAAAAUGACUACUUAAAUAGCAUACACUUUUCCCAAUGAUUUUCGAUGGUCUUGCAAGUUCAAACAUAUUUUAUAGAAACCAUAAACAAAAAUAUGCUUUCUUUUAGUCAAUCAAUAGACAAUCAGGUCUUCUUUAAAUUUUAAACUUAAGGAAGGAGUAUAAUUAGGUUUUAAAAAGUUUUCUAAUUGCCGAAUAAUUUGGAGCCUGAUCAUUCGUUGCAUUAGCGCUUAGUGAUUUAAAUCUAGAAGGUGCAUGCUUUCGGCGUAAAGAAAAUCACAUAUUUUCCUAUGCCAUUAAAGAGAUAUCAUACAGAGUCCAUAAAAUUUUGCAAUUGAUGCGGACCAUAUUGUACAUUUCAUGACUAGCAGUGGUAAACGGCCAGGUACGAUGCAAUGUGAAUGGAAGUUUCGCGGUCUUAAAAAGUCUCAUAAUUAGAAACUUUUUUAAAACCGUUGGGCCGUUGGGGGCACUGGAAAUCGAAUUAUCGUGUAUCAUGUUUAAGUACAUGUUCCGAAUUCCAUUGAUUUCUUUUAAGUACAUUUUUAUACAAUGUCAGUGGACUUGUCUGCUCAGCCUAAUUAUGAGACAACAAAAGUUAAAUUAACAUUGUGGAUGUUUAGGUGGCUUUUCAUGUUUUAAGAAAAGUACAAGAAAGUAGUACGUUUUAAAAUUACAAUGUUAGUAAAUUCAAGAAACUUCGGUUAGCAAUUGCCGCAAAUUAAAUGAGGAUGCAUCCCGCAAACACCCUUAAAACAUUCGGAAACAAUAAGGUGAUGCACCCACAAAGAAGUGCAGCAGGAAAACAUCAGUUGAAGCCAGAAAAGCUUUUAUUGGACAGACGGGAUAUUUUUCAGGGACAAUGGGGAACGUUUCAACCGAAGGUCACAUACGCAGUCAUCUUAGGCUGUACUGUGAACAGUAUUUCAGUCCACCAUAAAAGUCAUAUCCAUAUACUACUGUACUCCAUAGUGGGUUGAUUGUGUAUUGUUUUUACACACGCUUACUCGACAAUCGCGUCGUUUAAUGACCCAAGUUCGUUGGGGGACUGAAACAUGUGAAAUUCAACAGUGCUACACCGUAGUUUUCAUUUCAUCAAAAAGGUUUAUUCAACCAACAGUGACAAGAAAAAAUCGACUUCUCUAAGCAGCCUUUGUGAGUAUGCACGAAGUUACAUGCACAUGUGGACGCAAGUACAUUGGGCGAACGCAAAAGGCAACUGACAGCCGGGUCAGUUGACCACCUGCCUAAAUGGCUUCUAAAGCAGGAGAAUAAGAUUCCCGGGUCUUCUAUUACAAAACAUCUCCUUGACAAUGGCCACUCGGUUGACCCCGAAACGUCUUUUCGAGUAUUAGUUCGAGCACGAACAACUCGGUCACUGCGCUACUUGGAGGCAGCCUACAUACGGCGGGAGAAACCCGACCUAUGUAAACAGUUAGACCACGUGGUCAACCUCAGCCUAUCUUUGUAGAUCUGAGCCCUUUUCAUUUACGAAAUCCCUCGGCGUGUCGACUUCCACGUUUUCUUUCCUCUGUUACUUCUCCAAGUUAACAUUUUAUUGAUUAGUCUACGUGCAGUAUAGGAUGACCUUGCUGUUUUGCAUUGAUUUUCUCUGUCGAAGUUUAAGCCUCUGUAUCUUUCUCACUUGUUAUCUGUGUUAUGCAACGACAGGCUUCAGUUGAUAAACCGUCGCGAAAUUUACUGGUACCAAUAAAUUCUGCUGCCCAUGCCUGCUUUAAAAGUAUGCACUUUGCUGACUACAACAAAAGAAGAUACUCAAAAUGAUUUUAUUUGAAAAUAUAGGAGACGCAAGUCAGAAUCCAGGCCGUUUCCUGUGAAGUCGUUCUUUAAAAAAGCCGGCUUCAUUGGGGUAGGAUAAAAAGGUAGGACCUUUACAAGGCAGCAAUGACUGAUGACACAGGGUCCCAAAACAUUUUGCAUUUCAGGCAAUUGACGCAAUAUUUGAAAAUCAGGCGACCAAAGCGUUCGAACUUUUGGGGUUGAAGACCGUCCAUAAAAUAUAUUAUUUUUGCCAGGAAGCUCACAAAUAAUGUUCAGACAUUAGUAACGGCAGUGGUUUAUGAUGCCGACAAAAAUACAAGCUUCAGAGGGAUCAGACUAACGCCACGACUGCGUGUACGCGCGGGCAUCGAGUACAACGCGCCUGAUUAAGGAUUCAUACCGUUAUGAAAGUUAUUCCCUGACAGCUGCAAUGUUAACCAAGGAAAAGUUCAAACAUUUAUUUGGCAUAAACUAUCUGUGAAAGCAUCUGAGAUCAAAUGAAAUAUCCAUGCCUACCAUGCCAGCUAAACAUUUGAAGACGAGACUGCACACCGCUUGGUAGCCUGUGCUGCCAAGUGCCUUUACAGUCAUGUGAAGAAACGCAGUUCAUCAGUUAGACACUUUUGUAGCAAAUCAUAGUCUAACUGUAAGGAUGAAGAUGUUUUUACGUCCUCCGAAAUGCUACGCAUACCAAAAAAGCGGAAACAUUUUUGAAGGUGCACUAAAAUGGCCCACAAAAAACGGUAUUAAAAAGGCAUACGUUAGGCAAAAAGUGAAAUAUCCUUAUUUAAAGCAAAUAUGAUUAGUUCUUGUUUAAAAUGAUAGCGGUUUACUCAGAAAUUUCCUAAAGAACCAGCGUUUAAAAAUUAUAAAUCAAACUCAGUUCGACUUUCGAAAAACCAAUUUUCAGGAACGUAAACCUCAAUCAUCUCCCGGAAUAGGAACAAGUGAAAAACAAACAGGAUUAGUUAAUGAACUCCGCCACCACAAAUUUACACAUUCACCAUUUCAAAUGAGGAGUUUAAAAACAUUGAAGGUGCUCUAAGAUCAAACAAAUAUGAACAAAUAAUGUUUCAAAGUACCUUAGGGUACCUGUGAUUAUCAAUAAUCACACAAAAAUUCGUACUUACAUUCGUUAACUUAAAACUUAAACAUAAAGAAUAUGGAAACAUUUCCCCGUCUUCUCAAAAAACAACCUGUUGAGCGUCUUAAGCACGAACAUUUCGCCAAGGACCGCAAAGCAACCUGUUGCUCGUGACUAUCACCGGUCAUUGAAGAAGGCGUGCUCUCGAUAGACGAUGUCCCUUUGUCGUUUUCGUCCCUCGCUUCCGUAGCCAUGAUGGUAAAUGCUCUUCUCAGCCAUUUGCGAAAGCACCUAUCCACUGGACUAAUACAUCUGAAUGGAACAGAGGCAUGUAAUAUCUUUCUUUUACGUCACGAACGUAGGACCAGUCAGACAGAGGACAGUCCUCGGUGACUGAGAAGGCCUCAGAAGAGGUCCAAGUGAGGCGUCUCUUGGUUAAGUCGUUCACAGUGUCGCUCUGUAAAGACACUCAAAUAAAUGCGAAAUUUUUGUUUUGAAAGUUUUAAACCGCGAUGUCUGAUCACUCGAUCUCGUUUUUUAAGAUGCAUUAAUGCUUUAAAGUUACCAGCAAUUAAUCUGCCCACCGGACAGGUCAGACCUUACUACUACAGACUAGACAAUAGACUGCAUUGCGUUUUAGAUCAAGCAACAAGAAUUAACCAGAAUUUGUGCAUGUUGUCCUUAGACAGGCGCUUCCAGAAUUAUAGUUUGGCAACUGGGAUUUGACCGAGUUGACCGAGUAUUUGUUUUUUCCAUUUCCCUCCAGUAUCUGUAAAGUUUCUUUGCGGGACUUACGUGAGACUUUAGUUUUGGGUUUGUUCUCAAAUCAGAAACCUAUGCCAUAUGUUGCUGACCCUGUCGAUUCACUCAUCACAAAAAGUGUGCUACUGCCACCAGCGUUCACGUCCCAUCUGCCAAGCAGGAUUGAGAUUACGUGGCAUGAAUUUGGAAAGAUAGAUUAGCCGAUUGCAUUGCAGAUACUUAGUGAAUUCGGUCUGUCGUUGCCAGACUUACGCUGAUCAUAAUGCAAAGCCGUAAUGUUUUUUACGAAACUCCUUAAACUAACGCAUUAGACGACUGGCAAAGUGUGCUUAGCUUAUGUGACAUUACUUCGGGUUUUUCUAAAUUCUACCCACAAGCACUACUGUCUUUGCAGCAGUUACCUUCGUAAAACAAGAACUGACGUGUCAGGGGCACUAACGAAUUUCGGUCGUCUCAAGUGCGACUGCACUGAUUCAAAUCGAUACCUGCCCUCACUGAUAAGUCUUUAAUGGCUGAAUCAGGCAAACAGACAAUUAGACGACGUUCCCACUUCUCCGCUGAAUAAAAGUCAAUCGCACCCGGCUACGUUCAGAACCAUUAGACAGUUAGUCAGCAUGUACUUUUUAGGUUUAUCGAUGUGAAACAAAACGUAAAUUCCAAACACACUAUAUUAGAGAAUAGGCACCCGUAAAUUAUUACCUAGUUGUAUCGAUCAUUUGGUUUAAUCACACAGGAAUAAACUAGUUUUCGUCUCCGCGGCAGCGCACACGAACAGUGUGUUUAAACUGCUGCCUAUUGCUUAAACGAUGUCUGUUUAGAUGUACAGUGGGUGAUCGGUCUCAUGAAAUGCUGGCCGAAAUUCUGAAAUGCGUUUUCGAUUAGGAUGGAUUACUUAGGUGGAUUUAUAAUACUGCUUAUCGUGCGCAUAAUCCUGUAACAUUUCAGACUUGGCAGGAUGUCGACUUUUAAGUGCAUUUCUUUUAGAUCUCCUGUAGAAACUGUACUCGGUAAGGAAUGAAUAUUUAAGUAGCAUGCAUUUUUUCCAUUGACUUUCGAUAGUCUCAUAAAUUCAAAUAUAUUUUAUAGAAAACAUGAACAAAAAUAUGCUUUCUCUCAGUCGUUUGAUAGAGAAUCACGUCAAUUUCACAUUUCACACUCGAAGAAGGAGUAUAAUUAGCUUUAAAAACGUUUCUAAUUAUGAGAUUUUUUAAGACCGUGCAAUGUCCAUUCACACAGCAUCGUGCCUGUCCGUUUACCACUGCUGCUAAAGAAAUGUACAACAUAGUCCGCAUCCACUGCGAAUUUUUUGGUUUCUAUAUGGUGUCUUUUUAAAGGCAUAGAAGAAUAUAUUAUUUUCCAUACACGGAAGGCGUGCACCUUGUAGACUGAAACCACUAGGCAGUAAUGCAACGGCUGAUCAGACCCCAAAUUAUCCGAGAAUCAGGAAACUUUUUAAUGAGCCUAAUUAUACUCCUUCUUCGAGUGUGCAAUGUGAAAAUGACGUGAUUCUCUAUCAAACGACUGAAACAAAGCAUAUUUUGUUCAUGUUUUCUAUAACACAUAUUUGAAUUUAUGAGACUAUAAAAAAUCAAUGGGAAAAAUGCAUGCUACAUAUGUAGUCAUUCUUUACCGAGUACGGUUUCUACAGGAGGUCGAAAGGAAAUGCACUCAAAAGUCGAAAUCCUGCCAAAUCUAAAAUACUAUGGGAUUAUGCCACAAGAUAAUUAGUAUUCCAAAUCCACCUAAGUAAUCCUUUCUAAUCGAAAACAAAUUUCAGAAUUUCGGCCAGCAUUUCAUGAGAUCGGUCAUGCACCAAAAAGCUCUGAAAGAAGCUAACAGCAAUAUUUCCAUCAUCUAUGCGUUGUGCAUUCCCACACUCAGUUCUAUAUAUUAGUGAGGACAAACGUGGUUAUUCUGGAUUUGAACCUGUAAAGCCAAUACUCAGUGAAAGAGCCUGACAGCACGGUUUGUCCAACAGACGGCCUGAUAGUUCCUUCGUGUUAGUGGCCCUUAACCAGACCGUAAAAUUGCCGUUGGCAGUGAGUCCUCAGGCUAUCGGGUGAGGGAAAAAUCGAAAGUUAAAGUGAGCUCAAAAGCAGGUUUGUGGGACGAACUUUAGAGAGGAAAUCCGCAAGGAUUAAGGCUGCUGGCUUCCCUUGUAAACAUGUCAGUCCAGCCUUGAGCUGCGCUCUAUCUUGUCGAAAACAACAUGUGUAAACACGGCAGUUAAACUGUCUCAUUUAAAUUAUUCGUGUACAAACUUAUUCCGGUGACUCGGUUGUUGGUACUUAAAGGGUUUUGGUGAUAUCACAAUUCUGGUAACGGGAAAGAGACUUUCAAGCAGAUUUUUACACAGUAAUUUUCUGGGUUUGGGUCAAGCACCCAUCCAUUCAUCUUCGUAAAUCCACCUUGCGAAUUAAUUAUUACCUAUUUAGUGUAAACAUGUUCCAUUGUUUUUCGAUGCCUAUGAAAAUCUAAUAAUACCCACUUAAGUUGAUGAACAAGGGAUUAACACAUUAUGUUAAAUAUUUAUGAAAUUGCGUACCUCGCAAUAUUCAUGCUCCAUGGCGACGAAUAUUUCGAUUGCCAUUAACCAUUACAAUGUUGAGAAUUUAGACUUCUUUGUGAAUGCAAAAAUGUAGCCUCCUUUGUACAUUUUCAUUACUGACAAUGGAAUGAUCUACGGUAUGAUCACAUCCUGUCGCACGAAAAACUUAUUUUUCGGUUAAGUAAGGUUAUGUUACUAUAAUUCGGAAAACAUCGCAUGGCGUAAAGUGCGAAAACGUUACAAACGGAUGAGAUCACAGGUUUUUUUCUGAAAAAACAUGUACAAGUAAAAUUAUUUAUGGUAAAAUAAGCUUUUAUUCAAGCAGUGUUUAAGAAGGCAUAACUUGCUAGGUUCAGAUUACUGCUUUUGUCUUCUUGAGCGAGUGCUGCUCCUAAUCUUGGUGUACGACAGAGUAUGAUCAUCCAUUUUUAUACGCCUCACCCGAAAAACGCAUAUGUCCACUGGUCACGUGCUUCAAGUGUCCUCAGUUUUGCCUUUGCCUGGAGUGAGUGAUUGUACUACGUUGUAUUCUUAUGCCCCAAUGUACCAUAAACAUUUCUACAACAGAGUAAAGUAUAAUUACCCAAAAAUUCCUAAUCUUAACUACGCCAUUUAAACCUGGUCGCAACUGAUGAAGACCGGUUUCUGACAGAAGUGAAUAGGUGCUGCCUUUGUCGGUACCCACCACUCUGCAUAAAUAUAUAUUCGCAGUAGCGAAUACUGAUACAAGUAGGUAUUUUGCAUACUUCGUGCCUCGAGUCCAGAAGUCUGUGCCUCACCGGCGCAAUCUUUAUGUAUUUUUUUAUCUUUAGGGCUCUCUUGGACAUCUUCGUUAUCCGAAACCUGUCAAGUGCAAAUAUUCCCAAUGCAAGCCGAGGACUUUAUGAAGAAUACAACUAGCCCACCAAAGCAAAAUACUUCUACGCUUUCUUCAGAUUGGCUCAUCGCUAUAGCAGCAGUUGCUGGAGCACUCCUUAUUUUGUUUGCCAUAAUUAUCCUCAUCCUCCUCUCAAUACUACAUCGACAACGAAAAACACGCGAAGCAGCCACCAUUACUGACGAAAUUGUGCUUGGCUUCGCGAAUAAAUACGCUGAUUUUUCCGACAGGAGCCGAAGCAGUGCACCGCCGAUAGAUGAUCAGAGUUGUGCGUCGACAUUGGAUCCUUGGGGUGCCUACGCUGCUGAGGAUGGAAGUAGUUACUACAGUUCAGUGAAUGUUUGUGAAUGCAGACGCCAGGUCUUCCAGCCCUGUCCUGAUGUGCCACAUGCCGAACUUGGUGGGACAGCUCUCAACAAAAUUCUGCAUUUUAAUACCUACCCCCAACUAAACGCAGGCAAUGCGGUCGAGGCAGUCAAUGGACAUGUCACAAAUUGGCCUGCUUUUGUGCAAAGUGCCAGCUGCAACUUUCCGCGCUCCCUCGCGCGUCCAAAGGAAUUUUCGCGAUGCCUGCGAACCAAUCGGAAAGCGCCAAAAUCUCGCGAGGUUGAACGCCUCAUGAGAGAGUCACAGAUGGACUCGGAGGGCAUGAAGUGGUCCAACUGA